AAAAUAGGUAAUGUUCAGGCAAGUUGUAACUUCAGUAUUUUGACGAAUUGAUGCACAAAAGCACCAAAAAGACGAGUAGAAUACAUUCAUCUGCAAAUUUCUUCCCAACAGAGAGAGUCUUCAGUACUUCCUCUUCAGGUUGCAAAUGGGAACAGAAGGUGAGCAAUUGACGGAGCACGAAACUGCCAUCUAUGAUCGACAAAUUAGGGUUUGGGGCGUUGAUGCUCAGAGAAGGCUUAGCAAAUCCAAUGUAUUUGUUAGUGGACUUAAAGGAACUUGUGUUGAGUUCUGCAAGAAUAUUGUUUUAGCUGGAGUAGGUAGUUUGACACUAAAUGAUGACCGGUUGGUGACUGAAGAUCUAUUAUUUGCUAAUUUCUUAAUUCCUCCUGAUGAAAAUGAUUUCCGGGGGAAGUCUGUUGCUGAGCUUUGCUGUGAUUCUUUGAAGGAUUUCAAUCCUAUGGUUUCUGUUUCUGUAGAGAAAGGUGCUCUGUCCAUCUUUGAUGCUGAUUUCUUUCAGAAGUUUGAUGUUGUUGUUGUUAGUUGUUGCUCCCUUUUGACAAAAAAAUCAGUAAAUGCAAAAUGUCACAAGUUGCCAAAGCGUGUAGCAUUUUACAGUGUAGAAUGCCGUGACUCCUGCGGUGAGAUAUUUGUUGAUUUGCAGAAUUACAGCUACUGUAAGAAAAAAAAUGAAGAGACGAUUAAAUGUGAAUUGCAUUAUCCAAGUUUUGAGGAAGCCAUUGCAGUCCCCUGGAAAUCUCUACCGAAGAGACUGUCAAAGCUGUAUUAUGCAAUGAGAGUUGUAGAAAGGUUUGAAGAGCUUGAGGGACGAAAUCCUGGAGAAACUUCUGUUGAUGACCUUCCAAAUGUUGAGAAGUUGAGGAAGGAACUCUGUGAGGCACAUUGCUUAAAAGAAUCUCAGAUCCCAGAUUCUCUUCUGAGAAGAUUGAUAGCAAGUAGAAGUGAAUUUCCUCCUGUCUGUGCUGUCGUAGGAGGAAUUCUUGGACAGGAGGUAAUAAAAGCAAUAUCUGGCAAAGGCGAUCCUCUUAAGAACUUUUUCUUCUUUGACGCCAUGGAUGGUAAAGGGAUAAUAGAGGACAUAUCUAAUGUCAAUAGCUGAGGAUUGACCUGUAUGGUAAACGCUGUCUUAACAAAUGCUGCCCUUAUUGUUUUACCUUUUAGGUAAAGAUUAGGACUUAUGACAACCAAACUUAUUUGGCAUUCCUUCUACUUGAGUUCUGAUCAGCAAAAUUAUGAUGUUUUUGACAUUUGGGACUAGCAGUAAAAUGCUCAUGUUGGGCUAAUCUUUUGAAAUAUGCU